AUGAACCUGCUCCUGGGCACUGUCCUGCUGCUCCUGCUGCUGCCUGAUGUUGCCGAAGGACGGGACAGCUGUUCCGGGCUGCCCCGGGGUGAUGAGCACGGGGAGUGCUGCAGAGCGGUGCUGGAGCAGCAGAGCCCGGGCAGCAGCACCCCGGUGUUCCACCUGUCCCAGCGCUGCCCGGAGCUGUGGCACUCCCGGAGCCGCGCCUGUGUCUGCCUGAAGGAGUACUGGCUCAGGCUGCUGCAGUCGGGGUUGCACAGUCAGCUGGCUGGGCUCAGGACUCUGCUCCUCAAUGUCAGCAGGGCUGUCACCCGCGAUGUGCUCAUCGCCUUCUCCCCCACUGAGGGCCCCAGCAGGCUGAACAGCACAGGGAAAGGGAAGGCAGGUAAAAUCCACCUCCCCAGGGGGAUAUUCCGGUCCCUGAGCAGCCAAACAGUGCGAGUGGUGGUGACAGUCCUCAAUAUCCAGCAGCUUGGCAUGUUCAAGGAAAUCAACCAGACAGGGCAGGUGCUGGACAACACCGUGGUGGGCAUCACGGUGGGGGAGAGCAGCAUCUCGGGGCUGCAGGAGCCCGUGCAGCUCACCUUCCCCCACGGGGAGCUGCCCCAGGGUGUCACCCCCCGAUGCGUGUUCUGGGAUGCCAGCAAAGGGCAGGCAGGAGGCUGGCGCAGCAGUGGAUGUGACACACAGCCCGGGGACAAGGGGACAGUCUGCUCCUGUGACCAUCUCACCUUCUUCACCCUGCUCCUGAGCCCAGCUCUGGAUGGCUCCACAGCAAGAGCUCUGAUGGCUGUUGCCACUGCUGGCUGUGGAGUAGCCAUGGCCUUCUCCAUCUUCACCAUGGCCUUCUGCAUCUUUAUCAGGUGCAGGUUCAGGCUGGAGGACACCGUCCGCACCAACCUGGGGCUGCACCUCAACCUCGUGGGCAGCCUGCUCCUCCUCAACCUGGCCUUCCUGCUCAGCACUGGACUCGCUGCCAGGGCCCCCCCAGGCACCUGCAGGGCCCUGGGGGGGCUCACCCACUACUGCCUGCUCUGCUGCUUCACCUGGACGGCGCUGGAGGGCUGCCAGCUCUACCUCCUCUUUGUCAAGGUCCUGGGCACCUACAUCCACCACUACCUGGCAAAGCUGUGCCUGCUGGGCUGGGGCUUCCCUGCUCUCGUGGUGGGAGUGGCAGGAGCUCUUGGCAGCUAUGGAAAAUACCACAUCCAUACCAAGGACCACCAGGUCAUAGCCCACCUGUGCUGGAUCACUCCCAAACAUCUUCUGGUCCACUACAUCACCAACUGUGGCUACUUUGGCCUCAUCUUCCUCUUCAACAUGGCUGUGUUCGGGGUGGUGACCCACAAGAGCUGCAGCUUGCAGGGCACUGGGGCAGUGCAGGGACACAGCAAGCCCUGGAAGGUGGCUCUGGUGGCAGCUGGGCUCUUCUGCCUGCUGGGAGCAACUUGGGCCCUGGCAUUCCUCUCCUAUGGCACCUCCUCUGCAGCUGUGCUCCACCUCUUCACCAUCCUCAACUCCCUGCAAGGAAUCUUCAUUUUCAUCUGGUUGGUCGUCCUCUACUACCCAAAGACAAAGGAGAGCACUGGUUCCCUCUCCUACAUCAUCAGACAUGACAAAACCACCACAGGCUCCCAGGACUAG